GAGCUUAUGUUUUUAGUAAUUUUAAUAACUGUUUAAUUUAAAUGAAAGCUGUUUUAACCAAUGAAUUCUCUCAUGUUUAUCUCUACUUUGACUGAGCACUUUAUUAGGGACACCUGUGCACCUGCUUUUUCAUGUACUUAGCUGAUUAUGUGGCACCAGUGCAAUGCAAUGCAUAAUCAUGCAGAUAGAGGUCAGGAGCUUUAGUCAAAGUUUACAUCAAACAUAAGAAAAAGGAAAAAGUGUUCAUUGAACUUCAGUGACCUCCCCAGUCAGCAGAUCUGAAUCCAGUAGAUUCAGGAGAUUGGUGGUGUGAAUGUGCAGCUGACAAAUCAGCAGAAAUUAUGUAAUGCAGCCAUGCCAACAUGGAGCAGAAUCAGUGUCUUAUAGAAUCCAUGCCAAGAACUGAGGCUGUUGUGAGAGCAAAGGCAGGUGCUACCCAAUAUUAGAAUGAAGUGCUUGGUGUGUGUAUAUAAGUAGAGAUUCUAGGGAGAAAAUUAGGGCUGUAGGGUGCUGGUUGGACCUAUUUUAUUGGAUGUUUCCUUUUAAGGUUGGGGACAUUGCCUGAAAUAAAAUAGAGAUGGAGCCGGUAGCUGCCCUGGGUAGACCUUUCACCUUAGGGAUGCUGUAUGAUGCCCGCAAACAUGAACUGAUCCCAGGUAUCACAUUGUGGGAUGAUAAUACUUUCCAAGCCAACAUUCAGGAAAACUCUCAACAAAGCAGUCAGUACAAUAUUUGUGCAUCUGACUCUAUAAUGGAAAAGGCUUCUCUGCUGGAAAUUGAUGCCUCUCUGAAAGCCAGUUUCCUGGGUGGACACAUUAAAGUUGAAGGAUCUGCCAGAUACCUAAAUGAUCACAAGGAAUUCCAGAAUCAGAGUAGAGUGACACUUAUGUACAAAGCUACCACCACCUUCAAGCAGUUGCAGAUCCCUCAUCGUGGAAUGAAGAAUAUGCAAGAUGUCAUUAAGAAGGGCUUGGCAACACAUGUAGUCACUGCCAUCCUUUAUGGGGCAAAUGCUUACUUUGUAUUUGACAGUGAGAAGUUGGAGGCUAGCAGAGUUAAGGACAUCCAGGGCAGCAUGGAGGCUAUGAUAGAUAAGAUUUCAUUUGAUCUUGGAAUGAAAGCUAAAAUCCAUCUGACUGAACAAGAAAAGGCCCUUACCAAGAAAUUAUCCUGCAAAUUCUAUGGUGACUUUCACCUUGACAGAAACAUACUAACAUUUGAAGAGGCAGUGGAGACCUGUUUUCAACUUCCAAGGCUACUGGGACAAAAGAAAGAGAAUGCUGUUCCAGUGAAGGUCUGGCUAAUGCCGCUAAAAACCUUUGCCCCCGAAGCUGCGCAGGUAAUGAAUGAGAUCAGUUUUGAACUAAUGCAUGAAGUUGAAAAGGCUGUGGAAGAAGUUAGGGAAAUGGAAAAGAGGUGCAACGAUGCCCUGGUAGACAAAGUGGUCAAAAAAUUUCCACAAGUUCAGGAAAAGUUAAAAAGCUUCCAGGAACUGUGUCAUAGCCACAGAUCUACACUUCAGGCUACAAUUGCAAUGAAACUACCAUCUAUUCGUGCAGGUAAAGAACCUGAAAGCUCACUGAAAAAAUACUUUGAAAAGAGAGAGAAGUCACCAUUCAGUCAUGACAAAUUAAGCAAAUGGAUGGAUCAUAAAGAAAGAGAAAUCAAUAUCAUCAGGGUCUGUGUAGAUACCAUGGAAGGGACCGAGACAAAGAUUGUCUCCAACAAAAAUGAGCUGGAUAAAGAGGUUUUGGCUCAAAGUGUAGACGAUGCUCUAUGCUUUGCUUUCACAUCCCUGGAAAAGGAUGACCCCUAUCUUGAUGUGAUGGCCAACUACUUGGGCUCAAGUAAAUUAGGAAGCACCAAAGAAGAUCAGUGGUACUUCUCAGAUGAGGUCUUAACUAAAAUGAGACAAAAAGCCAGGGCUUUCCAUGGUCUUGCCAAAGCCUUGAAGAACAACAGGCAGUUCUGUUUCCUUGUAGCUGUGAUACCAAAUAAGAAAUACAAAGGAGCAACCAUCUACCAUUACAAGGAAGGCAAUCUGGUCACCGAUAACUUCACAAAGCCUGUCAUCCCUGAUGUGACAGCUGUAAAGGACAGAAGAAAUCUUAUCUGGUAUGCCUGUGAUCUCACCCUGGACCCAAACACAGCAAACAACUACCUCACUCUGUCUAAAGGAAAUAAAAUGGCAACAUGUGGAAGCUGGCAAACAUAUCCUGAUCACCCAGAUAGGUUUGAUACACAUGUUCAGGUGUUGUGCAGAGAGAAGUUAAGUGGGCGGCAUUACUGGGAAGUAGAGUGGAGUAAUGGCAACAACGAUGAGGUUGGCGUAGCUGUCACAUACAAAGGCAUUUGCAGGAAAGGAAAUGGUCCAUUGAGCAGGCUUGGGCAUAAUGCCCAAUCCUGGUAUUUUGGCCACAGAUAUGGGCUUUAUGCAUGGCAUGAUGCUAAAGAGCAUUGCGGUCCUCUUCCCCAUGGUGACUGCAGACGAGUUGGAGUGUAUCUUGACUGGCCUGCUGGGACUUUGUCCUUCUACAGAGUCUCUUCUAACAGAUUAAGGCACCUUUACACCUUCAGAACCAAAUUCACUGAGCCUGUUUAUCCAGGUUUCUGGGUUUGGGUUUCAUGCAACUCUGUUAUCCUGUGUCCUUUUGAAUAAGAGCAGUAAAAGCACACACAGUGCACAAUGUUGCAGUACAGCAGUGCAAAAUGUAAGCCCCUAAAACUGAACCAAUGAAGUAUCUUCACUUAGGGAGGGUGUUCAUAGAAAGAACACUUCUGUUUUUACAUUACUUAUUUUUACAUUAUAUUACUUUUACAUUACCUAUUUUACACAACUCCUAUCUAUAUGAAUACUUUCCUUUUUAGGUUUUUGCUCAGAUAUACAAAUUCAAAUCAAAGUUUGACACUGGCCACUGUAAUGCUUUACAUAACGUGGAAUUAGAAUUUACCACCAAUCUUUAGCAUUGAAUGUCUUACAUUUGAGCUUGAAUUACUGCAUUUAAAUCUUUGCGGUAUUGAUAUUAAGGUGAACUAUCAUCUGCUAAUGACUGGAGUAGAUAUAUGUGAAUAUUCUUUAAUUUUGUUUUGUUUUGCUUUUGGAAUACCUACAUGGUAUUGAUAUUGAAAUUUUUCAGCAUUACACAUCCACUAGCCCAUGCAUGUGCUAUGCAUGUGCAUUACUGUAUUUGUGUAGCCAGUUAUGUGUGUGUUUUCCAUUUUGUAGUUUUGUCAACUCAGGGAACUUAUGUUAGGCCACAUCUGCUAACAUCAAUCACACCUAUACUGUUAACUAACAUAGCCAGAGGUUGUCAAAAAUGAGAAGCCUAUUACAUCUUCAGUUAUACAGAAACAAAUUCUGAAACUGAAAGUCAUCAUGAAACAUGAAGGUAAAACUGCUGUUUGUUUGUUUUAAGGUUCAGUUGUUGCUUUAACAUUUCUUUUCUUUAAGUUACAUUGUCAUGUGGGCAGAAUGUCUUCAAACACAGAGAAAUUAAAAAGAUACAUACAUGAAUAUAUAUCAUAUAAAUUAUCUAUGUUGCCAAAAUGCCAGCAGUUCUUGACAAUUUUUGAUAAAGUUAUGAUUAA